AUGGCGUCACCAAACGAAUUUCUCGCCGAGGAGGUUCUUGUUGAGAAGAAAGUGAACGCCAAAAAGGCCGGUUCCUUGCAUGCGACCUACCUGCUCUAUGGUGCAAAGUCUUUAGCCGAUGCAAGCCAUGCACGGAACGGUGGCCUUGGUGAAGAAGACAUUGACAUGGAGGACGACCUGCCGGACUACCUGCAGUCUGAGGCGGUCCCUACGAGCGUGAUAACUCUCGUGGCCGAGGAGAACCUGGAGAGUGCACUUUCACAAUACGAGUCGCUUCGCUCCAUUCAUGUGUACAGUUUGUCGCCUCAGCCGAUGAGUGAUCUUCAACUGCUCGCAGAUACUACCCGCCAGCUUCGUGAACUUCGCGGGGCUGCGGCGCCAGAAGACUCUCCCAAGACGUUUGGUACAAUCCCCAACUCCCACGUGAGGCGCCGCCAGCGUAAAGGCCAAGCACCCAUUGCGGCUGCUGCUGCUGCAUCUUCUGCGUCUACGCCCGCGGCCACACCAUCUUCCGUAUUUUCAAAGGCGUCCAAGACCGAAAAUGCGCCCGGACCCAACUCCAUCUGGAACAAGGUGAACGCCGCAAAGGACGAUACGAAGCCGGACGCUGCGGCUUCCAAAUCCGCAGCAGACAGCGCCACGCCCGAACCCAAAGAUGCGAAGAAGCCCGUUGCCGCCGCUUCGUCUUCCGCGGCCGCUCCACCGGCUCUAAAGAGGGCGGGUUCGUCAGGUGGGCCUGGAGGCAUCAUGCAGGCGUUUGCCAAGGGUGCCAAUGCCGCCAAGCCGAAGAAAAGGGAGACCGCGCCCGUCGCCAAGAAGCCUGCUGAGGAAGAUACGUCGAUGGCCAUGUCUGACGACGGUGGUGAUGACGACGACGACGAAGACAUCAUUCCCAAGGCGCAACAAGUUGUGGGUGGAAAAUCCCGCCAGGAGCGGCAGGAAGAGCUGCGCAAGAUGAUGGAGGAUGACGACGAUGACGAUGGCGACGAUGCUGAAGGCGACAAGGACGAAGACGAGCGGGAGGACACGCCCAUGGAAGAUGUGGAGGACGACAAGCCCACCGAGGCGGCAGAGGCCCUCAAAGACGACGGCCCUGGCGAGGUCGUCACCGCUAGCUCGGGCGACGGACGUCGGCGCGGCAAGCGGCGCGUGGUGCGUAAGAAGAUGAUUGAAGAUAAAGACGGCUACUUAGUCACUAUCCAAGAGCCCGGCUGGGAGUCGUUCUCUGAAGACGAGGUACCAGCCAAAGCGGCACCAGUCUCUUCCACUCCUUCUUCGUCUGCACCAAAAGCAAAGAAACCGGCGCCGAAGACCGGCCAGGGCAGCAUCAUGUCGUUCUUUGGAAAGAAGUAA